UUAAUUGCUAUUGUUAGCAGGCUAGCUCUUCAGUGAAUACUCAGGUGAAAGUGCAUUGAGAAACACUUGAUAUAUGUAAACGAGAAGCACGUUGACGAGUAAGAAACGAUUAAAACUGAACUAACAGAAGUAUGAACGAUGCGGAAUCAGCCACGAGAAAGCACGCAAAUUCACGAGAGCUACAGACUCCCAAGAAUGAGGAUGCAUAUGAAAUCUCCAUUCCCUUUGAAGAUAACAACUUUGAGCAGCAGGGAGGUUUUUACAACCAGAAUGAACAGAACUUUGAUGGUACUAAUCCGCCAGCACCAGGCAGCUCGUACCUGUUAAUCACCAACUUGCGCACCCAACUGCAGAUCUCACUGGAAAAAAACUCAUGGCUGCAGAAACGCAUCGAAGACCUGGAGGAGGAGAGAGACUUCCUGCGAUGCCAGCUUGAUCGCUUUAUUUUCUCAACUAAGAGUCAGGAAAGCAAUGGUAAUGAUUCCAGGAGUUUUGCUUGGAGGAGGCAGCGAGAGACUGAUCGGGAUCAACAAGCAGAGAGCCAGCGGUCGGCCCACCGCCGAUCAUUCCAGCAGAGGCCAACCCAACAGACCUCAGCCAAUCACAAGGUCAUGAGCUCUUGCCCGGGUCCAGUUAGUGUUCAGAUUAAUUCCAUGUUUGGACCUGCCCACCCUCAGACUCUUUUACAGGGCCACAGUGGCAGCACCAGCAGCAGCUGUAGUAGCAACAACAGAUCCCUUGAACUGCAUGAAUCACUCUCUCUUCUGGGAGAUGAUGAUGAAUACCUGGAGGAUAGUUACCUGGAGGAAGAGGAAAUGAUGUCUGGAGAGGAUGUUAUAUCAGAAAACAUGUCACUACAGAAUAUGGGUGCAGCUGCAAGACCCACCGGCACUCAUCCAGCUCUGAAGACGAGCAGGGUCUUCAGAAUUCCCAGAGGGAGAGAGAGACAGCGAGUGAAAGAUGCAGCAGGUGUGUUGUUCCGCUAUAAAAAGAUCCUUGUGACGUACCAGAGGCUAAAGAACAUGUCCAAGGCCUUCCAGAUCCACGGAGUCGAUCGAAACACUGUGGCCUCUACCACACCAAUUGCUGAGCUUCUGCUGGUAGCCCCGGAGAAGGUGGCUGAGGUGGGCGAGUUUGACCCGUCCAAAGAAAAGCUUCUGGACUACGCCCGCCGCUGUUACAUCGCCCUCGACCCCCAGACUCUCAGCAAAGUGCAAGCUCUGAAGAAAAACAACCUGCUACUGCCUAUCUCCUACAGGUUGAAAGCAACUGAUAAUCGAUAAUUGGAAGAAUACAAGGAGCGACUGAUUCUUAUCCUGCUGUAUCGUGAAACCCCUGCACUGUAUUUUAUUGUUCUGUAGAACACAGAUUUACCAUCUCAGCCUCCACAUUCUGCUGUUCAGUGUACUCUGAACCAAUCUACUAUUACCUCUGUUCUCCACGACUCACAACUUUGUAUAGGCUGCGUACUUGUGCUUUCUGGUUUGCUAUUUUUAAUUUCACCCCAUUGUUUCAUAAUGUUGUAUCUGUUGAGUGGUUUGGAUUAAUUGUAGCUACAGUUGAAGGUCCAGAAUAGGCCUGACAUGAUAAUUACAUUAUCGACUUAUCAUACGAUAUAUGAACAUUACCUCAAUCAUGUUUGCUGACCUCGAUAUUGCUACUUGUGUUUACAUAAGAAUGAAUGUCACCAACAUUUUAACCAGUCGCGCUGCUUCUGAUCUCUCAUCUGCUCUCUGUGUCAUAGACGGGGCUCAGGCAGCUCCUCCACACACAAAGAACAGACAGUGACCGGUGAAUAUUACGUGUUACUCUAGGUUAAUAUGUGUUUUAAUUGGUGAUGUUUCCGUCGACUGCAUAAUUCCAGCCAGAAAGUUUGGAAGUAUAAAUGGACUUUGUUUCAAAGCUGCAUUCCACAGCUCCAGUGUGGGAACAUUUUGGCUUUAAGCUGAAAGAGGAGAGCCCAUUAACAUGAACAAUCCGGCAGGGCUCGUAAUUAAUGCUUGUCUGCUUGUUCGGGACAAGUGGAAAUUUUGAAAGGGCAAGUUAAAGAGAAUUUUACUUGCUUGAACAGACAAGUAGCCUGAUUAAAAUCUCAAUAAAGAAAGUUAACUUAAUAGCGCGGGAUUGCAGGGAUUGAGCACAAUUUUAAUCAUUCCUGCAUGGUUCACUUUCAAAAUGCGGGGAAUUCCCUCUAUCGCGUCGCCCUCUUUCCCUCUCGCCUUCAAGCUGCGUUCACACUGCCAGCUACUUUGUGGCUGCAUGUCGCCAGUGUCUGGCGGUUAGGUCACUAGUGGUGUGUAUGGAGAGUCUUAACAUUUCGUUUCAUUAUAAUAAAUAUUAUUUUUAAAAUAUUAGGAUCACUUGAGCUCUCACAUCUCUCAUAUUGGCUGUCGCUCCCGAAAGUGGCUCUUCAUUUGUAUAAAGUUAAACAUUUCUCAACUUUGUCACUUUGCUGGACACGCCCUCAUCCGGUCCCCAACGGUCGCCAUUGCUCGUGUUGCUGGAAGUCGCCAGCUUUCAUUGAAAAUGAAUGAGAUGAGGUUGUUUUGUCGCUGCGUGUCACUGUCAGUGUGAAUGCAGCUUCACUCAUGGUGCAGCAUUCAGCAGCUUCAGUGGGGAAGAGUUUAUUUACUGAACUUUAGAUUUUACAUGUAUAAACCUGUUAAUUGGACAUGCAAAUGGUGUUGUACCAUGUUUCUGUAAGCCAGCGAUGGGAUAAAACUAUUGCUCCUGUUUACAAUCUACAAAGUUGUCUUCAUCGCAAGCCGCAACUUUGGAGAAAUCUAAUUUUGUCUCAUCAAAUCGUGGUGCUCCUUCAUAAAACAUAAGGCAGAAUUAGCAAAAAUGCUUUGUGUAAUAAUACCGCCUGUAGAGUGAAGAGAAAGCUUAAAACUGACUUGUACAUCUCUCACUUAUCUAGAGCUCAUCUAAUGAAUGUAUCCGAAGCAUUUUCUCUGCCAUGUGAAUCGGUCAAUUUUAAUUAGUAUUUAACAAUAUACAUUAUAAUAAUAUUAAAACUAUAACAUUAAUAAAUCACACACAAUGAAAACAUUAUCUAUCUUUAAUAUGCAUAUCUGUUUUGAAUAUACAACAGAACAGAUUUUAGCUGCAAGGUUCUCUCAGGACUUUAUCUGUUAAAAGUUCAAUGCAUUUUGUCAAUAUUAAACAACUGUUUUUAAUUAAAAUUUGGUAACACUUUACAAAAAGGUUCAAUUUGUUAACAUUAGUUAAACUACACCAUUUAAGAAUAAAUAACA